CCCCAGGGCGCCGCUACUGACGCAUCAGCGCUACCCCGUGCAACAAGCAGCGCCGCAGCCGCUGCCACCACGGCGGCAGCAGCAGCGGCAUCUCGCGCCGCCAGGACGGGUGCUACCUCCGUGUUCACAUCCGUUCCGCUAGCGGCGGCGGCGGCGGCGGUCGGCAGUUCAACAUGUCGUACUGCUACUGCUUCGAAGCUCAGUACGUCAGCCCGCUGGUUGGCGCUGCUGGACGCCCUUGCGCCGCUGUGUGGCCUGAACUUUGACUACUGGAUUGAGGCUGGCGCUGGCAGCGGGGCCACUGGAGGAGGCGGAAGCGGCGGCACGGGGCAACGUCCGAGCCUGGCGGCCGCGGCGGCGUAUGCGGCGCGUGUGGGGCAGCGGUACGGCAAGGCUGUUCCUGGUACGGCGGCGGCGGCGUUGCUGCAUGAGCCGUUGCUGCGGUGCUUCAGUCUGCAGUACAUCCAGGCUCUCCGCCGCACCCCCGAGGCG